GACGAUGAAUCUGAUGUUUUUCAACCGAAAAAAUCAGCUAAAAAUCUUUUCACUGCCAUUGACACGAAGCAAGCUUCAGGUGCUUCAAAUGCAGUGAAAGAGAAGGUUAAUUCUGGACAUAAGAGUAAGGAUUCCUGUAUUCUUGGCCCAGCUUCUAUUCAAACGCAACCGAUGGAUUCUACACCCUCGGAUCCUGCCUGGAAACUCGUGGUUUCGAAGCGGAAGACCCGCCACGACCCAGAUUCACCAGUGAAAGUUCCUCCUAAGAAGACCAAGGAUAAAAGACAACCUAGUGUUAAUGUGCCUAGUAGUAGUAAUAGUAGUAAUAAUAAAUUUAGUGCUCUAGGUAUAGAAAAACCUGAAACUAAAGAUAGGGUCCCUCCCCCAAUUCUAGUUUCUUUUGUUGCAGAUCCUUCUAAGUUUAAAAGCAUGGUUGUCGAUCUUAUCGACAAAAAUGCGUUUAUCAAGAUUGUGAAUAAAUCGCAGGUUAAAAUUAAAGCUUCUUCAACGUCUAAAUAUGACGAAUUAAUAAGUAGUUUUAUACAGAAUAAAGAUGUAAAGUUCCAUACUUACAAGAAAGCAAACGAAAAGACAAUCAGGGCAGUAGUAAGAGGUCUCCCUGCUGACUUUAGUGUUGAUAAAAUCAAAUCAGCUUUUGAGGGAAAGUUUAAAGGUCUUAUUGUGAAAAAUGUUUCCCAAGUUCGUCACCAAAUUACGAAAAGUCCACAGCCUUUAUUUUUUGUGGAUUUUCUGUCAAAUAAUUUGGUGUCAAAAGUAUGGGACGUGAAAUCCAUUCAGGAUUUCAUCGUAUCUGUCGAACGCCCUAAGGGUCGUAGGGAGGUCAUUCAAUGCAAGAAUUGCCUCGCCUUUGGGCAUGCGAGAUCCUCGUGUUAUCGAGAUCCUCGAUGCCUACUGUGCGGGGAUUUUCAUGCAUUGAGUGACUGUCCUCGCCCUGAGGAGUUUAAUAAAAUCUUGCUCCCUGUAUAUCCCACGUGCGUUCACUGCGGUGAAAUGCACGCGGGAAAUUACAAGGGAUGCAAGGUUUACAAACAGAUUCGUAAGAAACGAUCUGGUAAAAAGGUGAAGGCAACCGAAACCAAAUUUGCCAAUCACCAGUUUGUCCCUUCGAGAAACUUAACAACUCAGGGAAAAUCGUAUGCUCAAGUUUUAGCUGGUAAUACAGAAAGCAAGAAUAAGACAGUUUCAAACACCCAAUCUGUUAUCAACGUACAAGUUCCUAAUAUUUCCGAUAAGCGUAUUAAGACUUUAGAGGAACUAGUUAUCAAGCAAUCUGAACAGAUUGAAAGGAUGAUGAAGGUUAUUGAGGCCUUUCUUCCAGCGUUAUUACGCGGAGCCAGCCUCUCUAUACCUUGAUCAUCCUUUCAAUUCUCGUUCGUUUACACACCUUCGGGUUUUUAUUCUUUUCAUGUUCUUUUGUAUUGUUUGUUCGCCGUUCGAGGUUGUAAAUUCCUCAUUAGAUUUUUAUCAGUUUACUUAUGCUAGGUUCCUUUUUUCUCCGUAAUUGGUUUUUUUGUGCCUGUAAAUAUAAAUCUCUUAGUUAGUAUCCUUAGUUCAUAAAGAUAGUAUACUAUCUCUUUACAUUUAUUUCAUGUCUAGGUUAUAAGCGAUUAUCGUAUGUGACCUAGAAUUUAUAAAAAGUAGAUUAGGAGAUUACUUCUCUCGCAUUGACUUAGAUUUAAUCUUGAUUAGAUUAGAAACGCGUGUUGCGCAGCUUAGAAUAGUGAUUAUAUGAUAACAAUCGGUACAAUCCUAUAUGUUUAUUUGUAUUCUUAUUCAAAUAAAUGAAUUUAAAACAAAAAAAAAAAAAAAA